UGUUGAAGAGGUUAACGCAUGGAAUGAAACUGCCCUGCAUGUUGCCAUUAAAAACAAUCAGUUCGAAUCUCUCAGAACAUUGGUGGAAGGGCUGAAGCAGUGCAACAAUUUGGUCAUUUUAAACUCGAGGGAUGUCGAAGGAAACACUGUUCUCCACCCCUCUGCAGCCACAAAAAAUCAUCAGGCUGUUGAAUUGUUGGUAAAUUGCAAUGAUCCUGGGGUACUGGAAGUGAACGCCACAAAUAAGAGUGGACUGUCGGCAUUGGAUCUUUUCAUAUUGUGUCCAUGUGAAUCAGGGAGUGGUGCAGAAACCAUGAGGCUCCUGGGGCGCCUUGGAGCAGCAAGAGCACAGGACUCGAAUCCCAUAGCUCAAGCGGCUAGAGAAGGGAUAAAAGACCUGGAGAGGUACUUUGAAUUUCGGUUGGACAGGGAUAAUCCGAGCGACGUCCGAAAUGCAUUGCUGGUUGUGGCUGUACUAAUGGCCACAGCAACCUACCAGGCAGGGCUAGAGCCUCCUGGUAAAGCCCUUCUAGCAACCAAUCCCUACGCUUUAGCGGGGGUCAUGCUUGCCAAUAGUGCAGGGUUCUUGGCGUCCAUGAAUAUGAUUGUCGUACUCACUCAUAAUUUCCCCUUCAAAUUUGAGUUGUUUGUUGCUGGAUUGGCAAUGGGGGUUACCAAUGGCAGUGCAAUGAUCACACUUGCCCCACAAGGGCCCAUAAGACACACCUUCAUUGCGCUCUCCAUCAUAAUGCCUUUAGCAAUAUACAUCUGCAGACUCGUCAAAGCAAGAAUUAAGCAGCAUAGACUGAGUUCAGGUGCCUAUAGGCGUCAUGCGAGUGCAUAAUACUGAUAUCAUGGAGCCACAGUUGCGUGUUUACAAUUGCACAAGACGGAUAGGUGACAACACCAACCACUGCAAUCGAUUACAUACAGUUUGGGAUGUAUGUACAAUCAAAUGAUAAAGAAUUUCGUAUCUUUUGUGGAUGUAAUUCUAAUCGAUUUGUCCUUCAAAACUUUAUAUUUGUGGAUGCUUGCUAUUUGCUAUUUACCAGGAGAUAAUCACUAUAAAAUACCAUAUAAAUGUUGUUUUGA